AUGUCAAAAAAAUCUACUCAAGUUAUGAUAAAAAGCAUAAUAAUAAGUGAGGCAAGAGGGAAAUUCAAAAAAUGUCAAAUUUGUUAGAAAGAAUUUGGAAUUUUUCAUAAAGAACACCAAUGCAAAAGGUGCCGAAGAGCAGUUUGCUAGAAUUGUGCAAAUCAUCAUGGUCCUAUACUAGGAGAUGCUGGAUUUUCCAAAUAAACUCACAGAAUUUGUAAUACUUGUAAGGAGGAAAGCGAUGCAAUCAAAAAGUUUAUCGAACAAUACAAAAUAGGUUUAGGAAAAGAUACCUUUUCAAUUGAUUGGCUUAAGGCAUCGGGUCUAACAGUAGACAUCGCUAAAAAGGAAUACGAAUUUGCUUAAAAAGAGAAUGACAAGGCAAAGGAUAAAGGAGAGUUCUUGAAAAUGAAAUAAGAAUUACAAUUGGCGAUGAUUGACUUUUGGCUUAAUCUAAAUUAUUCUUUGAGGGAAUUUUUGUUUUAUUUAUUGAAGGAUCUCGAAUUAGAUUAAUUACAAUAACAAAUAUGUCGAGUUUUGGGAGCUAUUCUGUUAUAAUAUCCAGAAAUCGGAUAUGGCCCAGACUAAGUUAUAUUAACAAUAUUUUUAUUGUGUUUCUGUUCUGAAGCAUCAGCAUACACAAUCUUAACAAUAUUGUACUCGGACAUUAUUCCUUCUUAUUUGUACCCAUUGAAUUUAAGAAAAACACCCUAUGACUAUCAACAUGAAAUCGACUAAGUCCUUUAGGUACUGGAGUAAGGAUUUAAAAUUAAAUCAUCAGAAAUAUAAAACAUCAAACCAUUUGUUAGAACUAGAAUCUCAAGAUAUGUCCUUCCUUUGGGAAUUAACUUUUAUUAAUUUUAGACAUCUUUCUAUAUGAUUAAUCAAAUAUUAUUUGGUACAAAGACUGGAUAUGACAAUUUUAUCAAAUGUAUAGCUGUCAGCUAUUAUUAAUAAUUCGAAGAUAUCAAAAUUAUGAUAAAUGCUCAAGAUGAUGCAGAGGCUUAGAUUUUGAGAAAUGUGAAAUCAACUCAAUGUGAGAAAGAUUUUCUCCUCACUAAAGUAAUAAUAUUUCUACCUCACAAACGAGUGACUUAAAGCGUUGUCAUACAGAGAUCAAAUGAAAAAAAAACAUCAAAUUAAAUAUAGCCAGAGCAUAAUAGGGAUGUUAAGGUUGAAAUUUAAAUUAAGACAGAUAAUAGCAUGACCGAGUAUGCGGCUGUUUAAGAUAAAAGCUUUUAGGAAUUGAGAAGAAAAUCAGUUGAAGUAAAAGCAACACCAGAGGCUGAUGAAGAAAAAACAAAUCUCAAAUAAUAUAUCGAAAAAAUAGAAGAAACAUUAAUGUUAAAACAUAAAUUAGUCACAGAAUUGUAGAAUAGAAUCAAAGAAUUAUAAAAUUAACCUCCAUAAAUUAAUAAUACCUUAGACGUGGAUAAGUAACUUAUAGAAGCUAAUGAAUAAUUAAGAAGAAGAAUUUAGGAAUAAGAUGUUCAAAUUUCAUAAUUAGAAGAGUAAAAUAAAUAUUCAAAUAAGCUUCAAGAAGAUGCUUAAGAGAUGGUAACUUCCAUUUAGCAAUCAAAUAAAGAAUUAGAAUAAUAACUUGAGACUUCUUUAAGAACUAAUAAGGAUUUGUACCUUUAGAUUAAAGAUUUAAAAAAUUAAAGUUCUAAACUUGAACCUCCUUCUCCUCUAACACCUUCAAGGGAAAAAAACUAUUAAAUCAAUAUUGCUUUGGUUUAAAAAAAAAACGAGGAAUAAUUAUAGUCGAAACUGGAUGAAGAGUAACAAAAAACAGUUUAAUUGUAAUAAUAGAUGAAUUAAUUGAAUAAAGAGCUGUUGGGUUUAUAAUAAUUAAAUUAAGAUAAACUCAAGAUUAUUGGAAAUUUAGAAGUUAGAUUGAUUGAAUUGGAUUCUACAAGAAAAGAAAAUGAAAAACUCACACUUGAAAUUGCAGCUCUUUUUAAAAAGAUUGAACAUCAUGAAUUAGUGAUAAUUUAACAACAAGAGGAGCUUGAUGAUUUGAAGGCUAAAUAUGAUCAUUUAUUUAAAUAGCAUGAAAUCUAAAGUGAAGAAUUGGAUCAAGUAAGAAUAGAAAAAAGAUAAAACUUAGAGGAGUACGAUAGGAAGGAGAAUGAAUUAUUACUAAUCAUUGAAGAUUUAAAAAACAGAUUGGCAGAAGUGAAUAAAUAAUAUUAAACUACUUCAGAUCAAUUAAAUCAAUGUCUAGACAAUAACAACUAAUUGUAGAAUUUGGUCUAAGAAAAAGAUGAGACAAUUAAACUACUUGAGGCAGGUAUAGCUAAGGGAGUUAAGAAAAUUGCUGAAAUAGAAGCCAAUCAUCAUAAAUAACAGGAUGAUGAUAGAAAAAAAAUUGAAGAAUUAAAUCAAAUUAUUGAACAAAAUAAUAAAAAAAUUAAAGAUCUUGAAGAUAGUAUAGCAGAAAAGGAUGCUAAACUUGAGGAGCACAGGAAGGAAUUUAAGGCACUUAAAAUCAUAUUUGUAAGUUUAGAGGAGAAAUGGACGAAAUUAGAUAAUGAUCAUAAGGAUUUAAGUGGUAAGCAUGAAAAAUUGAUCGCAGAAUGCGAAGAAUGGAAAAAGAAAUUUAAGGAUCAAGAUGGUGAACAUUAAGGAUUAAAGGAAAAAUAUAGAAUAAUUGUUAUAGAAUAUGAAAAAGUAAAAGGAAAUACAAAUGAUAAAUUGAAUGAACUAAAAUCUCAAAAUGAAGAUCUUUAAAGAAAACUUAAAGCAUUAGAAGACAAACAUUAAUUACUGUAAAAUUAGCAUCAAGCAUUAAUGGAUAGAUUGGAGAAAGAAACCUAAAACCACAUCAAGAAGGUUGGAGAACUAGAUUUAAUAAUUAUAGGAUUGGAAAAGAAGGCUCAUGAAUACAAGACAUUAAGUGAAAAUUAAAAAUUAGAAAUUGUUAAUUUAUAAGCAAUUAUUAAAGAAUUAGAAGCUAAAAUUGGCUAAACAGAAAAAGACUAACAAAAUAGACAUCAAUUAUUGCUUGUUUAAAUAACUUAACAUUUAGAGAAAGUGACCAAAUUAGAAAAUAGAAAUAGCAAGCUUGAAUUAGAUGUUUUAGAAUUAGAAAAAAAAAUUUAAGAACUCAUUUUGUAUAAUUAGGAUUACAAAAAUGAAAUCAUCAAACAAGAUGAAAAGAUUACAAUUUUAAUUAGGGAAGGAUAGACCAAAGAAUCAGAAAUACUAAAACUUAUUGAAGUGAUUGAAAGGUAGAAACUCGAAUUGAUUGAUUACGAGAAAAUUAUUAGAGAGCUAAGAUAGAAAAUUUAAGAACUUGAACUAAUUAUUGUAGAGAAGGAUAAGAAAAUUGUUGAGCAAGAAAAGUCAAUUAAAAAACUAUAAACAUUGCUUGUACAAUUUAAGACAUUAUCAGAAGAAAUGGCCUCAAUAAAUUGA